AUGUCCAACAAAUUUCAUUGUGAUAUCUGCUCGGCAGACUGCACUAACAGGGUCAGGAUAUCGUGCGCAGAAUGCCCCGAAUAUGACCUGUGUGUACCCUGUUUUUCUCAAGGCUCCUAUAGUGGCAAUCACAAGCCGUACCACGAUUAUCGUAUCAUUGAAACAAACUCCUACCCUAUUCUGUCGGUCGACUGGGGAGCAGAUGAGGAAUUGGCACUCGUCAAAGGCUCUCAGACCUUAGGUUUGGGAAACUGGCAAGACGUCGCCGAUCAUAUCGGCAGUAGAUCGAAGGAGGAGGUCGAAGAGCACUACACCAGCUAUUAUCUAAACAGCCCGCACUACCCCAUACCAGACAUCACCAAGACCAUCGAUAUCUCCCAGGAGCAGUUUCUACUCAAUAGGAAACAAAGAAUUGAGAAGUUUCGUGAAAAGCCUUUGGAACCACCCCGCAAACCGACUGCUUCGGUACCAAGCUGCCAUGAAGUUCAAGGGUUUAUGCCCGGUAGAUUGGAGUUCGAAAACGAAUUCGAAAACGAAGCUGAGGGUCCUGUGAAAGACAUGGUUUUUGAGCCUGAUGACCAAGCGCUUGAUAUCGAGGUCAAGCUCGUCAUUCUCGACAUCUACAAUUCCAGACUCACGACUCGAGCGGAGAAGAAGCGUUUGCUGUUCGAAAAUGGCCUCAUGGAGUAUCGCAAGCUCCAAGGUAUUGAUAAAAAAAGAAGCAAAGAAGCAAAAGAGCUUUACAAUAAUCUGAAAGCGUUCGCAAGCAUAAUGUCCCCUUCUGAUUUUGAAGAGUUCACGAGAGAUAUUUUGGAAGAGCUCCGAUGCCGAUCCAGGAUUCAUCAGCUACAAGAAUGGCGUAGCAACGGUAUUACAACGCUCGAGGCUGGUCUUAAGUACGAACGCGACAAACAGGCCCGAAUCAUGACUCUUGAAAGAUUUGGUGGCUCUAUGUACAACGGGGCUAAUGGUGGUAGCAAUGGUCGCUACAGAAUCUCUUCUGCACAACGCUCAAAUACUGACUAUGGUCAGGGCAAUAAUGAACAAGGUUCGCGUAAAAAGACAUUGACAAUUAGUGACAUCCAACAUGGUGCCGACUAUGGCUUAUUGUCUGCGGACGAACAACAACUCUGCAUGCAACUCAAAGUUCUACCAAAGCCCUUCUUAGCUAUCAAAGAAGUGAUGUUCAGGGAACUGCUUAGGGCUGGAGGUAAUUUGACCAAAAAGACUUGCAGAGAUCUGCUUAACAUUGAUCCAGCCAAAGCGAAUAGAAUUCACGAUUUUUUCCGUUCUCAGAGAUGGCUAUGA